CCACGCUGAAGUGCGCGCUCGCUCUCGCCGGUUGUGUGUGCAGCAGGCUUUCAGUCGCUCGGUCGGACUCGGUGGCUCGUAGGCACCGUGCGCCGGAAUACUUCCUCUUUCACUCUCACUCUUACUAUUCGCACGGUUCGCGCAUUUCUCCUACCCCUUGACCAGUUAACAUCGUCGUCGUCGUAGUCGUCGUCGUCAUCAUCGGGCGUCAUUCAGUGGUACGGAACUUCGCGGAACAACUUUUGGGCUGUGUUUACUCAUGCCUUUCUUCUUUCGCUGCCUGGCGAGCUGGCGAGUGUGUUAGUUGGUGCUGUUUUGUUUUUUUUUGGCAACCUCGGUGGGGGACCCUCACACUCUGUAGGUGCUCGGUGGCGGUGGUCUCUGGAAACCCUUGAGACAGUACCGUCCGAUGAGUCGGGAUUCGUCGAUCGUUGCAGACGCGCGUGCGUGAAGUGCUUUCUCUUUUUUUUCUGUGACAGACCGUGGUAGGAGGACCCCGUGUGUAACCUAUUGACCGAGAGUGGCCCUGAGAGGGAGAGGAAAGAAAAAAAAAAUCAAGAACCGUUCUUCGUUCUAGUUCUGCAACCGGUUGUGAGGACGGUGUGUGGUGGGGAGCCGCAAGGCACGUUUUGUUUUGAUUAUGCACAGUGUAGGCUGGUGAACAGCACCUGGCCGCGAAGUUUGUACUGAAACAAAAAGAUUCUUAACGUGAAUGUAGAACCGCGGUGGCGAUGGAAAACAGCUGAUUGUUGUAAUAAUAAGAAGCAGCAAGUGACCAACGUGAUUGGAAGUCAGACUAAUAGAAAACGAUAUUAUUAUUAUUUAAUUAUUCAAAAACAAAAAAAAACAAACGUCCAGCGAUAUCGCCUCCGGGAACUGCGGGAAACUGGACGUAAAUCACUUCGACGCUGGUUCCAGUAAGCUCUGAUAGUGCCCGCUGGUGGUGUUGGUGAAGAGAUAGAACGUAGUGUUUGAUAGAGAGUGCGCAUGCGGCAACUGUGUGAUACCUCGCUGAGCUGGAAGCCGCCAGUGGAGAUGCAAUUUGAUUAAUGAAUAUAAACAGAUCUUUCUGAAUCGCGGUGUUUGCGAGUGGUGAAGUGCCCGAGCGCUAUGUGGGACGCUCCCCCGAGAGCCCUUUAGAACCUCCUGAGUGGCGUGGCGGUGCGCUGUACUAGCCUCUGUACGUUCGUAGAGUGCUUCGAGUGUGGAAGCUUCGCUUCGAGAAUGGAAGCUAAUUUGAAUUGAAAAAUGAAACGCAUGGAAUAGCACGUACAAGGUCAUUUGGAUUUGCAUUCGCAGAAAAAAAAGAGUGUUUAGUAGCCACUGCAAUACGGCUACUGCCGGGAAAGGCGUGCGCGUGCGGAACUUGUGCCGUCGUCGUCGUCGUCGUUUUGAUAACUGGGCGUGAGAACUGAUCUUGUUCAGUGGUUGUAGAUAACGGUAAAGCGCGAAGCGCCAGGUCACCAAAUGUUUUUCAAGUUUGACAAGUGUUUGCCAUACUCCUGACAAAAAAUAAUCGCGACCAUUGUUGUCGCUCGUAGGCAAUGCCUUGAAGAGGCUAUCCACCCUGUCGUCGCCCCCCGUUGUGUACCCCCUCGUACAGAAUAUGAGUGUCGUCAGAACCAAGUGAAAAGUGAACCUUCUUCUUUGUUUCAAGCAGCUGGAUCUGGCUGGUUGUGUUAUGGUCGAAGUUGAACCCGAAAUUCCAGUUAUUUGGCGAUUGGACGCAUAAACGACUAGGUUAAGCCAGAAGUGGAAAAACAAGUGAAAGCAUUAUUGUGCUGAAACAAUUAACCCAAAACAGUUAGUGAUCGCGCGCAGGCACCCCGGGCAGAAAAGAAUAUCGGAAGAACGCGGGAACAAACCUGUCUGCCGCCGCACCCGACUGAUUGUAACCACUUAGUUCUGUUCGCAUCCGAGGCUCACAAAUGAAUAUGGAAUUUCAACCGCUGCCACCGGUUUCGUCGAUGAACAUUGGCCCGCCGACACCUGCCCCGUCGCCCCACAUCCAAAUUAUUCCGAAUGGGUCCACGAACGGUGGCAGCAAUGUAGCGAAUCAGCUGCUAAAUUCGAUGCCACCGCCGAUCCUACCGGUCGGUAUGCCCUUGCAGCAGGUGGUUCACAACCUGCAGCAUCUGACCAACGUUAAUGGGUUAGCGCAGCAGCAUCAGCAACAGCAUCAAGUCCAGCAGCAGCAGCAGCAACAACAGCAUCAACAGGCACAGGCUCAUCAAGCGCUGCUAGGUUCCAACAAUACCAAUGGGCUCAAUGGGAUCCAUCAGAACCAGAGCCUGCCGCCGACUUCGCAGCUCCUGCAGGCAAUCCAUCACAAUACCAGCAAUAACAAUAACAACAACAACAAUGCUAUCAACAACAAUAACAACUCGAUCACACAGUAUCAGGUGCAGCAGCUCUGGAGACACCACGCCUAUCUGAACGGUAAAUCAAGCAAUAACAAAGACAUCUGCGGCGACGACAAACACAAAGAGGAUGGCGACCCGUGGAACGUUGAGGCACAGGCGGCGUUUCUGGGGCCGAACCUGUGGGACAAAACGCUACCCUACGACUCUGAUCUCAAAGUGCACCAGUAUGCCGACCUCGAUGAAUUCCUGUCAGAGAACGGUAUCCCGGUGGACGGUCUACCGAGCAGUCACCUGGGCCACUCGACCAGCCUUAACGGGCGCUCUGACAGUUUGGGACACUGUGCCGGCCUUUCGCUGGGCCUCAGUCAGGUGACGACGAAACGAGAACGCUCCCCAUCGCCCUCAGACUGCAUGAGUCCGGACACGAUAAACCCACCGUCGCCGGCCGACUCGACAUUCUCGAUGUCCUCGACGACCCGGGACUUUGAUCCCCGGACACGGGCUUUUUCCGACGAGGAACUGAAACCGCAGCCCAUGAUCAAGAAAUCCCGGAAACAGUUCGUGCCGGACGACAUGAAAGACGACAAGUACUGGGCACGGCGCCGAAAGAACAACAUGGCAGCGAAGCGAUCCCGCGACGCCCGACGAAUGAAAGAGAAUCAAAUCGCGCUCCGAGCUGGUUACCUGGAAAAAGAGAACAUGAACCUGCACCGAGAAGUGGAACAACUGAAACAGGAAAACAUGGAACUACGUGCCCGCCUAUCCAAAUAUCAAGAGGUAUAAUCCUAACUCAACGCAUCCCUAGUUUAUCACACCACGUCCACCAUGAUCACCAUCAACAAAAAAACCAACAACAACAGCAACAUCAACAACAGCAAAUGCAAAAACAACAAACAACAGCUACUACAACAAGCUAGUACAGUGCAACUACCCGUAAGCCACCAGCAUCAGUAGAUGACAAAAAAAAAGACAGCAACAGCAGUAGCGGCAUCAGCAGCAGCAGCAGUAACAACAACGUUUUAGUUUGAUUGAAAAACGGUGCGCGCGAGAACGGGAGAGUAGGACAAAAUGAAAGCAAACAACACAACCAUGCGGCAGCAGCAACAGCAUCGUUACCAAAAAGAAAAAAAAAAAAACAAAGCAAGCUAGGCAGUGUAUAGAACAACAAAAGUGUUGAUUUACUUUUUUGUUCCAGUAGAGUUGUUGACAAAACUCACUCCGAGUAGAGGCAGAGCAGCAAAAAGUAGCGAACAGAUAUAUAAACAAAAAGAACAGACUUACACUCACACACACCACAUGGCGGCUUCUGAGAACAAUAGUGAUAGCUUAAUUAAAUAAAAUGAAAACUAGUUUAAAGAGAGAAACAAUGAGACGACAGUUGGGGCAGCGCUUACAGACUCACUUACACACACAUAGAAAAAAAAAAAACACAUCACACCGGCAUGAUUUUAACCUUAUAGCGGAGCAACAAACUGUUAUUUGUUUAUUCAUUCGAUUUAAACUCGGCGUAACCGAUACGGACGAGAUAUGUUGUACGAUAAAGGGCGUGUUCAGUCAAUGCAAUUUAAGGAUCAGCAACCGCGUACAUACAUAUGAGCAUACAUACAUACAAACAUACAUGCAUACAUACAUAGUUACAGUUACGGACUUUUUUCUCCUUUGUUUUCGUUUCUCUGGUGUAGUGCAGCUAUUUAAUUUUUAAAUAGGACGAUUCUAGAGUUAAGUGCGCGCGCGCGUGUGUGUGGGCGUCCAAACGCGAAUCCUAGAUAGUGAAGAGAGGGGUCAGGAAGUUGAGAAUGGCGGCAGGCAGCUAAUAACCGAGACCGUUUGGUGGGUAAAGCAUGCAAAACCAUUGCGGUUAGUUGUUAGUGUUUUUUUUUUCGCUCGAUUGGUUUGUUAUAGUAAACGUAGAUGAGAUAAAAUUAAAGGAAGAAGAAAUAGUUUAGUUGAUUUGUUCAACAUAGUGAAAGGAUAGAGGAAAAUCCGGGGAAAUUGCAAUGAUUAUCGAUUAUACGUCGAGUAUAGCCCUGUGUGGUUCGUUUCGAGGAGGCUUACUAGUGCUGGCCUGUAGGUGGCACUGUCGGUGGCAAGAUGCUAACGCACGUAACGCUUGUGGAGUACAGAGGCUCAAACAGAUAGCUAUGCGUCACUGGCGUAAUGUAUAUCAAGGCUACGGUUUGAAUCAUGGGUUGGGAAUGAUCGUAUGUCGAUGAAGCGUCGACGGAACUAACUGUUUUAGCCCCAAAGCGUUUGAGGAAAGGUGUUGGCCUGGUAUGCGAGAGCUACGCAUUCGUUUCAGUCUAUUUAUGGAUUGUUAUGGUAAAUGUUUGUUUUUAUUGUUCGUUUAUUCUACACAAAAUCGAUAAAAUUGUGAUCAAUUAAAAUUAAUAAAUCUGUUCAUGUUCAAUCAAAUAGCAUACUUUAUGUUUGGUAAAUAUGAAACUGACGGAUAUUGUCGUCUGUUUAGCCAAAAUAUGUUUGACAUAACAACGAUUUUUCCAUUUCCUUGUUAGGGCCAUUUUUGAGUUCAUAUCGACUAUUUUGGCUGCCAAUGGCGUACGCUUCCAAAUGUUCCAACCCUAUCUUAAUAUCGCGUGCAUAGCAAGUUGGUGCGUUAAUGCAAUUCAGCGUUGCCAGAAAUAACGAUUUAUCGGUGUUUAUACCGAUUUUAAACUCAAUACCGAUACACCAAUGUAGCUUCUAAAUCUUAUAGUAAUCAACACCGAUUUUUUUUAAAAUAAGACUUCUUGUAUUAGAUAUGGAUUAUAAGUUGCAAGAGAGUACCACCUUGAAAAAUGCCCUCAGCUUUCCCAAUGCAAUGGUUUAGAAACUGAUUCGAAUAUACGUCUUAUUUCUAUCAAAAUUCUUGCUUAAGUGCUGAAACCGAUUGAGCUUCUAUUAUGCAUUAAAAAGUAACUAUUAUUAACCACAAAUAGCUUGCCUGUUGUAACCACUAGUUUGCAUACCGAUAAAUGCCUAUUUUUUAUGAAAAGUUAUACUGAUAUAAUAUAAAACUGUCUGACAACGCUGAUACAACUAAACGCUGAAUUGACACUCAUUCAAAUAAAUUCAAACGCGCGCAACUAGCAUAAAUCUAUCCCCGAAACCGCAAGUUGUAAACGAAAGUUACUCCAAGAUAUACUUACAACUUGUUUCAAAUAGAAUCUAUAGAACAUCUAGCGUCAGGCUUGGAUCCGGUUGUUUCUUUUAGUUUCCAGUCUGUCCCUUUUGCUAUUGAAUGAGUGGACGUGGUAAUCGGUCUCGUGUGAAUUUUAUUGUUCAACUAUUAUACUACAAUAAUUUUCUUUAUAUUUGUAAUAACAUUGUGAACAAUGAAAAUUGUACUUCGAUUGAAAAGUAAAUUACAUGCUCAAGUUUAUGAUUAAAAAGCUGCUCCUUGUCCUCAAACGUCGCAGCAACACUUUCUCAUUUAUUUAAAACUAAAUCAUGCCGACUUGUACUGUAUGGAAAGGGACAGAUAGGAUCGUUUCAAAAUACCACGUAGAACGAUUUUUUUAGUGCAAAACUUGUCAUUGAACUGUAUAUAGCCUAUAAUGGUGAGAAAUUAGUGAGCAAAUAAAACAAAGAGAAAUUAUAUUAUAUUUACAAACACAAAGCACGCACGGCAAAAAAAUAAAAUGAAGAAUUUAUCGUGAACCACAUGAUUGUAAAGAAAACAAACCAACGAUUGGAAAAGUUGAUUAUGUAAAAUCCUACGUUAGAUAAUUUAUUUGCCAAACUCCGCCCUACUCCUAGUUUGGAAUGAAACUGAACUUACAGAAUUGCCGAGCAGCUGUCCUCUAAGAGUUCCGAUUGUCUUUGAUUCUUUAAUUUUGCGCCGGUGGUAGCCUUCCCCAGUAGCCAAGCCGCUUUGAAGUCGCUCUUCGAAACACUGUAGAAAUACAAGAGAAAACAUAACAAAGUCCGUAGAAUGUCCGAAUAGUGAGGCAAGCAUAAAAGUGAAAACAUAACGCGCAUGUUAAUUAUUGCUGAUUUUAGAAAAGGGAAACGAAACAUGAAUCGUUGAUUAGUGAAAAAGAUUAAUAGGCAAGCAAGCAAGCAAGCAAAAUAAAAAAACAACCAUUAGUAGUCUGAUUCAAAAAAAAAACCUUAGUGAUAGUACCAAGAUUGAAAGAGAACCUGUAGUCGAUAGUGAAAACAAUAUUAUUAGUAAUUAAUGAACAAAGAAGAGAAAAAAACUAAUCAAAACAAACAAGUUGAUUGAGGGACGCAAAACCUCUGAAAGCCUGUGUAUAAAGUAUAUUACCUACAAAACUGAGAGCGAUACGAGUUUGGAGAGAAUCCCACACGUCCCUAUUUUUAUCCUUCGAUGGAUAAGGUCGAAGCAAAACAAACGUUGUUUGAUUGAUUGAUUGAUUGAUUGAAUAAUUGAUUGAAGCGUAACCCAUAAACAUAUACACAAACACUCACUCACUCGACUGUAGAAAAAAAAAAGAAUUGUGAAAAUAUGUUACCGGUAAAAUUUACCUUGUAGUUGUACAGUAGAUCAAAGUAACCCAUCCAUUCGUAGCGUUCGCAAACCCCACAUAAAACUGUCAAAUCAAAGAAGAAGAAAAAAACAAAAACGACCCUCCUUUGUUUUUUUAUUUGUACUAUUAUCGAAACGAAAAAUGUCAUUGUUUUUAGCCUAUCAAAGCUUCAUUGAGUUUUUGUUUGUAAAUUGUUAUUCUUAUGUAGAGCAGAUAAGGGCAAAAGCUGCUAGUAAAUUGCACCUAGUUAUCCGAACACGAAAAUCACAGCAUCAUCAUUUCUCUAGCGUAGCGAAAAACAUCAUCAUCAAAAGUGUCUAUUUUUCUCUUCUUUUUCUUCAUUGCAUACACUAAUAAAAAAACGGUUAGGUGUUGAUUUUUAAUUAUUAACAUUGAAGAUAAUAUUUACGAUUUGAUCUUCUUUUUCCUUACGUCUUCUAGUUCUAUCGAGCUUAACGCAGACACGGUUAAACCAUAAAUUUAUUCCUGUUUUCACUCUAAAUUAUAUCUGUCUAUUCCUAUCCCAAAACGUUGGCUAGUUUCCGUUCUGUUCUGUCCAUACAAGAAACUACUUAAAAGUGUUUCCCUCGGAACCCAACCCAACCCAACACACACACCGGCCAGCGGAGCUAGGAAAGCAGAACCGUUGUUUUCUUUAUAAUUGUAUAUUUUCUUUCUUCUUUCUUCAAAUUACCUGUGUAAGGACUUCCUUCUCUAGCUGGAAGAAAACAUUGAUUGUAAACGAGAGCAAACAAAGCAAAAAAGAGCAAAUCACAACAAGCUAGAGAACCUGUUUGCUUUGUUACAAAACAACAACAACAAUAACUAUUAACGAUCGCUUGUGCGAGGGAAUCCACAAACGGUUCUUACUUUAUUGCUAUUAUUUUUUUGAAAAUAAAAUCAGUAAAACAAUAAGCAUA